GCCGUGGAAGCGGGACGAUACCGUCACACGGAGGAAGAAUGCAAGGCUCGCCUACCUGGACCGACGUUACAAGGGCGACCGCGAGUAUUAUGUCGACAAGUACGUCCUGGGUAGUCGCGACGUCCUGCUGGAGCGAAACCGCUUCCCGUACCAGUUGCCUCCGGGUGCAGAGCACUGGACCAUCUGGUGCAGGCAUGAGAUGGGUCACGAGGAGCUCUGCAACUACGUCGAGGCAUGGUUGGAUGCUCGGGAGCCCCACCACGUCGUGUCCUGGAACUACGACGACAACCGUGGGCGCCGGACAAUCAACAUCUGGCAUGUUCACAUCUACUUCCAGGGACGAG